CGUGGGUUUGUGUAACGUUAGAUCACGAACCGUCACGAGUAUCGUCGGUACUUCCGCGUUCAUAGCCGCUUCUGAAGAACACCGGGUCCUGCGCGCGUCUCACCAUGAUCCCCAAAUCAAACCUCUGCUGUUUUAUUCUCUCUUCUGUGUUUAUGUGCUUUUCCGCGCAAUAUGUCCCACCGUUCACAGAAGAGUGCAGAAUUGGCAUGUAUCCUCCAAACGGCCCAACAUUUAAAGGUGAUGUGUCCUGGUACACGGUUAAUCUGGAUUUACCACCAAGCAAAAGAUGGACAGAUGUCAUUACAGACAAAAAGAACGAUAUGGUGAGCAUGAUUCAGGCCAUCAGAGAUCUAGCAGAUGCCUUUGUUCCCAGUGGAAAGCUCAUCGAUCUCGUAGAUAAGGAUUUGCCCUUGAUGGUGGACACCUUGCCUUACCCGUUCAAUGAGGAGAUACGAGGAAUCGCGUCAGUGUCUGGUGUUUCUUUGGGUGAGGUGGUGCUCUUCAACAUAUUUUAUGAGGUGUUCACCGUGUGCACGUCUCUGGUUGCAGAGGAUGUCAAUGGCAAUCUCAUCCAUGCAAGGAACCUGGACUUUGGUCUUUUCAUGGGAUGGGAUUUGAAGAACAGGUCGUGGAUCAUCACUGAGAAGCUGAAGCCACUGGUUGUUAACAUUGACUUCAGACGCAACAACCUGACUGUCUUUAAAUCUACUAACUUUGCAGGAUACGUGGGCAUGCUGACCGGGAUUCAUCCACACUCAUUCACCCUCACUAUGAAUGAACGCUUCACUCUGGAUGGAGGCUACAUCGGGAUUCUGGAGUGGAUCUUGGGGAAGAGAGACGGCAUGUGGAUGAGUUUUUUGACUCGUUCUGUGCUGGAGAAUGCAACUAGCUACGAAAGUGCCAAGGCUCUUUUGACUGACACGAAGCUGCUGGCUCCAGCGUACUUCAUCCUCGGAGGAAACCAGCCGGGUCAAGCCUGUAUUAUCACCAGAUCCAGAACACACAGCAUCAGUCCACUGGAGCUUGAUGUGAAGAAUGGCAGGUGGUAUGUUUUGGAGACGAACUAUGACCACUGGAAAGAGCCUCUGUUUCUGGAUGACCGCAGAACUCCUGCUAUGAAAUGCAUGAAUCAGACCACACAGGCUGAUAUCUCCAUAAAGACAGUCUAUGAUGUGCUGUCCACCAAGCCAGUCUUAAAUAAAUUGACCACAUACACUACUCUUAUGGAGGUGUCUAAGGGAACAUUGGAGUCUUAUAUCCGUGACUGUCCUAACCCCUGCAUGCCGUGGUGAGGGACUCCACCUGGACAAGCUGCAUUACCAAAUGUGCACAGUGGAACAACUUGAUAAUUAACCUCAUCAGCCCUGUUAACUAACAAAUGGAUGAGGGGAAAAAGAUCAACCAAAAGAAACAAAUGUACAUUAGUUGUACUCUUAAGCAGUAGACAACUUUACACAACUAACAUCAAUAAAUCAUGGAGAUACAGUA